AUGGCGAUGACAGGGCGCAGAAGCCCAAUUUCAAUCCACCACGACUCCCACCCAUAUCUUCAUUGCUAUCAUCUUUACCACCGGGACAAGUUGAAGAGGGUCAGGCUUUUGAGGACUCAUAUCGUCCGCCGUCGCAAGGGCCACGAUCUCCAAUGGCACUGGAUAGGCCCAUGUACCUACAUCAACAAGAACGAAGUCCUCGAGAACUUGAACGUUCCUUCAAACAUUCGCAGAGCCCUCUCUCACCAUACUCGACUUGUCCGCCCACCCCAAUGUCAGAUGUGUUCGCGACCAGGCAAGGAUCUGUUACAGCUCAUCACCAUGGUCCAUUUGCUCCUCCCAGGUAUGUUUUUUUGGUAUCCAUCGCAAUGGAUGAAGGCUCAUUAUGCUCAAAGGGCCCCACAACCCCCGCUCCCACAGCCGGAAUGUAGGUUGGUCGUCAUGCAACAACCAAUAUCCGCCAGAGCUUGUGGAUACGGAGACAAGGAUCGUCGAAUGAUAGACCCGCCACCAAUCCUUACGCUUGAAGUAUUUGAUAAGGACACAGGCCAACCUGUGAAUCCAAAAGACAGAAAGAAGAUUCUGAAGAAUUUUAUGCCGAUAGUGCAUUGCACAUUAUGGAAUCCAUACACGAAUUGCGAGGACGACAAGAUUGAGGGAAGUAGUGAUCGUCGGAACCAAAGGAGAAUGGUAGGAACUAUGGUCUGUAACGGUUUCAAGGCACUCGAUCCUCAAGGGGAUGAACGAUUCUUCUUCACUUUUGCCGACUUGUCAGUUCGAUUCCCGGGAGACUAUCGACUGAAAUUCAGAUUAACAUUGAUAGAUCCAGCUGGGAUGGGAAAAGGUCAAAAGAACGGAAUCAUGAGUCCGCUCUUGAGCAAUAUUUUUAAAGUCCACAAUGCCAAAGAUUUUGAGGGUAUGAGGCCUAGUUCGGAUUUGGCCAAAUCUCUGGUUAGUCAAGGGUAUCCCAAUAUUCUCAAGAUCAAGAAAGGAAACGCGAAGACGAUCGCUAUGGUUGGCCAAGGGGGACAGGAAGAUGAGGAAGAUGACGAUGAUGAGAUGGGAGCAAAGGAUGAAUGA